CAGCAGGCGUCCAUUGUGAGUGAAGGUGUAAUUUGGGAAACCAGUUGAUGACUCUGCAACGUUCAAACUUCAGAGCUGAGAUGGAGGAUAACCAGUUCCAGCAGCUGCAACUUGCCAUCCGACUGUCCGCAUGUGAAGGUGUGCAACAAAUAUUCCAAACAUACUCAACACACAAACACACACAGGUUCAGAGUACAGCAGCUACAAUCAAAUCCUGUUUGGAAGCAGGUGACACUGACUCCAUGACAACCCUGAUGACAUCACCAAUGGCAUCACCACCAGUAACAGGAAGCGCCAAGCAAGACAGAUCUGCUUCAUUGUGGGCCAGCAUUGACUCUGAGAUGUACAGACAUCAUUGACCAUAAUGUUGUAUGCUGUUACAUGCUUUUGUGAUUGUUAUUGCUUAAUAGUUAUG